CCCUAUGAAUGUAAUCAGUGUGGUAAGGCCUUUGCACAUCACUGUGAACUUCAAUUGCAUAAAAGAACACAUUCUGGAGAGAAACCUUAUGAAUGCAAUCAGUGUGGUAAGGCCUUUGCUCAACGUGGUAAUCUUCAAACACAUAAAAGAACACAUACUGGAGAGAAACCCUAUGAAUGUAAUCAGUGUGGUAAGGCCUUUGCUUACAACUGUGCUCUUCAAAAUCAUAAAAGAACACAUACUGGAGAGAAACCCUAUGAAUGUCAUCAAUGUGGUAAAUAUUUUGCACGUCAGGAUCAUCUUCAAUUGCAUAAAAGAACACAUACUGGAGAGAAACCUUAUGAAUGUAAUCAGUGUGGUAAGGCCUUUUCUCAACACAGUAGUCUUCAAACCCAUAAAAGAACACAUACUGGAGAGAAACCUUAUGAAUGUAAUCAGUGUGGUAAGGCCUUUUCUCAAUGCAGUAAUCUUCAAAUGCAUAAAAGAACACAUACUGAAAAGAAACCCUAUGAAUGUAAUCAGUGUGGUAAGACCUUUGAUCAACACAGUCACCUUCAAACACAUAAAACAGAACAUACUGGAGAAAAACCCUAUGAAUGUGAUGAAUGUUUGGUUUUCCUGGGUUCCUCAACCCCUCCAGAUGCUACAUUUUUUACCCCUUACUUUCAGAGGAUUCCAAGAACUCAAGUUGUAUUUGGUUCUACCCUAAUUCUGGAAGCCAUCAAGUUCUGGUUCCUGGCCAUCCUGCAGUAUCAGCCGUUGGCUUCAUCUCAUAGCUUGGACUAA